CCGGAAGAGAAACAAAAUGGCACCGUCAAUAUUGAGAAUCUGUUGUUCCGCCGUCAGAUGGACUCCUGUAGUGUUUAUAUCUGCCAUAGUAGUGUGGUCCUACUAUGCUUAUGUUGUCCAAAUGUGUUUCUUGACAGUUGAAAGCAUAGCAGAAAGAGUGAUCUACUUGCUGCUAUACCAUCCAUUACUGGUGCUGUUUGUCUGGUCAUACGCCAAAACCAUCUUCACCCCUGUUGGAGUAGUACCAAAGAAGUUUUUCCUGCCAGACCACAUUGCAGACAGAUUGAUGAGGGAAAACGAAACAGAGCAGAAAAACAUACUGAUAGAGUUUGCAAGGAAUAGUAACUUGCCAGUCCAAAAUAGAACACAUUCAGGGGCGCCACGUUACUGUGAGAAGUGUAAGUGUAUCAAGCCUGACCGCUGCCACCACUGUUCCAUGUGCGGUACCUGUGUCCUCAAGAUGGAUCACCAUUGUCCUUGGGUGAAUAACUGUGUUGGAUUUACCACCUACAAGUUUUUUGUGAUGUUCCUAGGCUAUGGGCUUGUCUACUGUAUAUAUGUAGCUUUAACAUCAUUGAAAUACUUCAUCUCAUUUUGGUCUGGUGGGGUAGGUAGCAACAUGGGCAAGUUCCACGUGCUAUUCCUGUUCUUCGUGGCCGUCAUGUUUGCCAUCAGUUUGGUGUCCCUAUUCGGCUACCACUGCUACCUUACAGCCAAAAAUAGAUCAACACUAGAAUCGUUUAGAUCCCCAAUAUUCCAGUCGGGCCCAGACAAAAAUGGCUUCAGCCUGGGCAAAUUCAACAACUUUAUAGAAAUAUUUGGGGAGAAUAAGAAGUUGUGGUUUAUUCCCGUUUUUACAGGUGAGGGCGAUGGGGUGAGCUUCCAAACAAGCCCGGCUAACGCUAGCUCCUCGAGCUCUUAUCAAACCAUGGGCACCACCACACCAUCCACAAUUCCAAGUGCUGGUGAUGGUGUUACAUUCCCAACACGGACCGUGGAUCUGGACUCCGAUGGCCUGCUGGCGGACAGACAGCGCUGGAUGGAGGAGGGGGACCUAGACACACAUAUCAACAACGGUACGCCCACAAACCCCAGCAAUGGCCCUGAUUAUAUAUCCACCUCUAAUCAAAACCUGAUAAACCACUUAGAGGAAUGACAGAAGCCUGAAGGUUACGGCUCAAACAGAUACUUGUCCCAUGAUAGCUUAUGAUGAAUUAAGUUCUAGAAGCUGAAUAGAUACUGAUGAACAAAAGGGUGCAGGCUUUAACCAGAAGAGUCUACUGCAGGGAGUGAUAUUUUAGAAACAUGUAGUAUGGUGUAGUUGUCCGUAAAAAAUAAGAGUGUAAACAUUAUCAACAAUUUGGAUUUUUGAAAAACACAAGUAAUAUUGUGUUAUUAUCAUGGUGUGUUGUAACUCUCUUUUUGAUAUUUUGAGAGUUAGAUUCCUUCUUUAUUUCAAAGUGACAAAAUGCUUAUGUUGUAGAUGUAAAUAGCUUUUACAUAUUGUUUUCAUGUCAGUGUGAAGCAAUGUACAUGUUGUUUUAGGCCCAUCAGGUAAUUUUUGUCAUGACACUGUGCUAAAUCAUAACAAAAUUAUGAUAUUCAUUAAGAUUUUAAUAACUGAGGCUAAAUCCAAUAUUUGGUUUUCAUUUGUGCCAAUUUGAUCUUUUUUUAUAUUACUUUUAAGACAUUAAAGUGGUUGUGAAUUUAACUUCAUUUAAAAACCUACAGUAUAUUUUCAUGUGCCCACCAUGUUAGCAAUUGAACAUGGUUGCUCCUGUGCAAAUUAAAACUAAUCAAUUGAUUUUUCCAUUAGUUUCAUAACUUCAACUGAAAAGUAUCCUAUUUCUUACACUGUAUACGUGUGCAACUGUUAAUGAUGAAACUUCACAUGAGCCUGUCCAUUUCCUUACACUGUUAUAAGCUCGGCAGAUCUAAUACCCACUAUUUCAGAACUCUCUGUUACCUGUAUCUGUUUUGUAGAAAGUUUGUCUUUCAUGGAUCAAGAGGCGACACUAAAGCGAGUCAAGAAGUCCGAGACUUCGAAUAGUAGGCCAAGACUGAUAGAUCUUGGUAUCUCCCAGGAGUCAGAUCCCCUAGUCCUUACAAAAGAAAUAUGUAAUAACGAAUGCCACUUAUGUAUAAAUUUUCGUCUUCUAGCCUUCUUUAAAACUUGAUUUAAUAUUGCGCUGUGACAGUCAGACAUUAUAAAUAACCUUAAUUUAGAUAUUUCUCCAUUCUGUAUGUCUGUGAAUUUAUCUUAACUGCUGGACUCCUUGAUGACUCCAAACACUGUGGAUAUGUUUCUUUGUGGUGUAAUUAUUGUUGCUUCUUGUUAUUUAUCUUCAUUGUGCUUUUUCUUCAAGAGUAAGUUGUGCAUUACCAAGCUUAUGCUAAUUUUUACAUUAUGCUUUUUUUAUCUAAUGUUCUAUAAAGCAAUAGUACACUCGUAUCUACAAAUAUUACACAACUUGCAUCUUGAACAACUAAUUGUGGAAAGCAUUUGAAAGUUAAUUGCUUGAUUUUCUGUUGUUAGCAUUACCUGCUACUCAAUAAACUAUUAUCCGAUUUUAUAUGUGAAAGUCGAAGUCCGUUUUGAGGCUAGGCCUGAUGGUUUAGAUUCCUUCAGAAAGUUCUCUUCUAUCACCCGGGCUUUAAUCAUUAAGCAUUAUCACUUAUAAUAAUACACACUUAUUCCACUGUUUUGUAGUAUGUGGUUUAAACAUAUUGUUGAUACAUUAUACAUGAUUUGCAUUUUUUAAUAAAUUGUUGAAAACUA